AUGGGGAAGCUUACAGACUUUCUCCACGAGAAUUUCGUACCGAUUAUUCCACCUAAGCAGACCAAGAUGGUUAUAGACAAAAGAACAAACUUGGUGGUUGCUGCUUCAAAUGAAAAGAAAUUGAGCCAGAACUAUGGUGAUACUGCUAAGGCAAAGGAUGCUAGUCCUUCAGGGUUAGAUAAUGAUGCAGACGAAAAGGAAUCCAUCUACUCCACAUCUACAGAGGAUAAUUAUAAUGUCUUGCAUAGAUCUUUGAGAGGGCGUCAUGUUCAAUUAUUGGGUAUUGGUGCUACAAUCGGAUCCGCUCUUUUUGUUGCCAUAGGUAAGGCAUUGGCAAAAGGUGGUCCCCUUUCACUUUUGCUAGCCUUCACGAUUUGGUCAAUACCCAUUUUGUGCAUAACCAUCUCUACUGCAGAAUAUGUGACUUAUUUACCGAUCACCUCACCAUUCGUAAGAAUGGCAGGGAGAUGUUGUGAUAGUGCCUUAGAAGUCAUGACGGCGUGGAAUUUUUGGUUUCUUUGCUGUGCUCAGAUCCCCUUCGAAGUUACCACUGUAAAUUCCAUUAUCCAUUUCUGGAGAGACGAUUUCCUGCCCGCAAUUCCAUUGUGUAUUCAGACAGUAUUAUAUUUUGUGAUAAAUGUUUUCGGUGUAGCCAUAUAUGGGGAAACAGAAUUUUGGCUCUCUAUUGGUAAGGUCAUUUUGGCAAGUGGUUUAAUUAUUUUCACUUUUAUUACUAUGGUUGGUGGUAAUCCAGAACAUGAUGUUUAUGGAUUUAGAUAUUGGAAAGAUCCUGGUGUAAUGAAUACGUACUGGUCCACAGGAGACUUGGGCAGAUUCCAAGGGUUUUUAGCAUGUCUUAUUCAAGCUUGUUUUACUUUUGCCGGACCAGAGUAUAUAUCAAGUGUUGCGUCAGAGACUGUUAACCCCAGGAAAACUUUACCGCUGGCAUUCAAACAAGUUUUCAUUAGAUUGUCAAUAUUUUUCCUCGGUGGAGCAUUCUGCGUAGGAACUUUGGUAGCUUAUAAUGAUCCUAAAUUGGUAGAAACUUUAGGUGCUUCCGUCCCCGGUGCUGGUGGCUCUCCCUAUGUCAUUGCCAUGCAAAAUUUGAAAAUCAAAGUGUUGCCCCAUAUUGUUAAUGGGUUAUUGGUUACAUCUGCCUUUUCUGCAGGUAACUCUUACACGUAUUGCUCAUCUAGAACUCUUUACGGUGUGGCCCUAGAUGGAUAUGCUCCAAGAUUUCUCACUGCAACUACAAAGACUGGUAUCCCUAUUUAUUGCAUGUUGAUUUCAUUAUGUUGGGCUCUAUUAUCAUUCUUGCAACUAGGUGAAGGUGCAUCCACAGUCUUAACAUGGAUUAUUAAUUUAAUUACUCUGUGUCAGUUGAUCAAUUUUACUAUCCUAUGUGUUGUCUAUGUCUUCUUUUAUAGGGCACUUGAGGCUCAAAAUAUUAGUAGAGACACUUUGCCGUUUAAGGGUUGGUACCAACCAUGGUUAGCUAUUUUCGGAGGGGUUUGCUCAUUCUGUAUGAUCUUCAUAAGUAGUUAUGAAGUUUUCUUACCAGGAAAUUGGGAUAUCCAAACAUUCUUGUUUCAAUAUUUGUUUAUCUUCAUUGAUAUAGCCAUAUUUGUUGGAUACAAAGUCUUUAGACGUACAAAGUGGAAAGAUCCAAAAGAUGUUGAUUUGGUUACAGGAUUGAGGGAAGUUGAGCUUCACGAACAGAACUUCUACGAAGAAAUGCAAAGAGAGAACAGAUUAGACGACGAGGGAAAGAUUAUCAUGAACUGGAGGCAGAAGAUAGGGGCCACCCUCUUUGGAUCUGAAUUAUAA